UUCGUUUGUUUUGAGCUUCCCUCCAGUAGCAGACUACUCUCCAAAUCUCAAUCUUCUGGUUUUUCCUUCUAGAUUUUUCACUUCAUAAGCCAUGCUUCGAAACCAAGAACAUGAACCGGCCCAACCCACCCGAUCAGAGGCUAAUUCUCCGCCGUCUCCAGCGGCCCUUGUGCUGAAAGAAGAGCUAGAGCCAGUAACCGAGCAGAGGUCGGUGACGGUGGCGGCGGUCAACAAGCCGAAGCGGACGUCGACCAAGGACCGGCACACGAAAGUGGAGGGGCGCGGCCGGAGGAUCCGAAUGCCCGCCACGUGCGCAGCCCGGAUCUUCCAGUUGACCCGGGAGCUAGGGCACAAGUCCGACGGUGAGACCAUCCGGUGGCUACUGGAGCACGCCGAACCGGCCAUCAUCGCCGCAACCGGCACUGGAACGGUCCCGGCCAUCGCCAUGUCUGUCAACGGCUCUCUCAAAAUCCCGACCACCGCGCCCGACUCCAAACCCGGCGACCCGCCCGGCAAACGCAGGCGCCCUUGUAACAGCGACUACGUGGACCUUAACGACACCGUUUCAGCCGGCCUGGCUCCUCUCACCAGCCACCAACAACCGCCACCGCCGCAGACACAGACGGUUCCUCAAGGCGUGGUCCCCAUGUGGGCCGUGACCUCAAACGGCAUCGUUCCGGGGACUUUCUUCAUGGUCCCGCAAGCUCAGUCUCCCCACUUAUUCACAUUCCCUUCCACCGCCGCCGCAGCCGCCGCGUCGCCGUUCCUGAACAUCGCCCAGCCCAUGUCCUCCUUCGUCUCCUCUACAGGCCACGUCCUCACUCCCGUCUCCAACACGCUCUCGUUCAUGUCCCCCACCACCACGUCCUCCGCCACCAUCACUCACGGCACCGUCGCGAGCACCGCCGCCCCGCGCGACUUCUCGCUGGACAUCCGCGACAAGACGGAGCUCCAGUUCAUGUUCGGGUCGUCAAAGCAUUGACCCGCGAAAUCUCCGGCGGUCUUGGUUUCCGUCCAUCGUCAACUAGGGUUUUCCCUUUUAUUUCUCUCCUCCCUACGAUCACGUGGUCACGUGAGGGCGGGGAAAGUGGGGUCCGAUUAGGCGGGGGUGGUUGGGGCCCACGGUGGGAGCGCCGGGUAGGGUUUUGUGAGAGAAAGGUGGGUGGGGGCUGUGAGAAUAUAUUUGUUUUCUUUGGUAGGCGGUGGGCCACC